AUGUCAAUUGCUGCUGUGCGGCUUCGCAAUCUGCGACUUAGGUCCAGCUAUGUGGAGAUCUCAAACAUCUUCCAUGGUCGGGCUGUUGCGGCAUGCAGCCCCGUGACGUCGCGGCGGUUCAGUGCGAGAGCUUGCUUGCGACAGGAACCUAAGCUUCCUGCAUUUUUAGAGGCUUAUAAGAAGGCUGUCGCUUUCCCGCCUGCCACCCAUGAUUUCGCGUCGUUCUUCGUCAAGGCCGAGCCAAACGCCCAGGUUGUGCUACACGGCUACCUCGGAGCCCGCGUCGAUCUAUCGAAGAAACUGUCCUUCGUCCGACUCUCCGACCCAACCCUCCAGCACAGCGUACAAAUCGUCGCACUCGCAAAGAACAAUGGCUUCGAGACACUCAAGAGCCUGAACGCCAACAGCCCUGUCGCUGUACGUGGCACCGUACAGAAGAAGAAGGCCAAGGGAUCAGAGCCAGUUAGUCUGGAGGACACGUGGGAACUAGCUCUGGAAGAAAUCCACGUUCUCAACGAGUUUCCCAAGGAUAUUAUCAUGACACCGGAAACCGUCUUCCCACCCGAGCAGCGAUACCUGCAGUUACGAUCGGACGCUGAGCUUCGCGACGCUUUGAGAUUCCGCGCGAAAGCACACAAUCUCUGCAAAGAGGAGUUGGAGAAAUUACAGCCUUCUUUCGUGGAGAUUGAAACUCCAUUGUUGUUCAAGUCCACGCCUGAGGGUGCGCGCGAGUUUAUUGUUCCUACGCGCCGGGAGGGAUUGGCUUAUGCUUUGCCGCAGAGUCCGCAGCAGUAUAAGCAGAUUCUCAUGGCUAGCGGACUGCCGCGCUACUAUCAGUUUGCCAAGUGUUUCCGGGAUGAGGAUCUGAGAGCGGAUCGGCAGCCGGAGUUUACACAGCUUGAUUUGGAAAUGUCGUUUGCAACAGGCGACGAUGUGAUGCGCACCGUCGAGGGCGUUAUCCGUCGACUUUGGUCAGAGUUGAUGAAAGAUCCUGCGCCAGAGGGACCGUUCCGGAAGGUUUCCUACCAGGAGGUCAUGGCCAAAUAUGGCUCCGAUAAGCCGGAUACCAGGUACGGAAUGGAAAUCAUUCGCCUUGAUCAUGCUCUUCCGGUCGAUUUGGUCGGUAAGAUCUCCGACUUGGAGAAUCCUAUCGUGGAGGCUUUCAAGGUCGAAGGGAACGACAAUGAUCCUGCCGAGACUCACAAGUUCAUCACUGAUUUCUUGGACUCGCCGGCCGGUGCCCCGUUCAACAACAACCCCGAUGGUGGACCUGGUGUCUUUAUCUACAAUGGUAAACAGCCGCUUUGUGGACUACAGCCCUUCGGGUUCGAAGCCGCGGAGCAACUUGAGGAACUCCUCGAUCCCGACCAUGGUGACUUGAUUAUCCUCCAAGCUCGUCCCCGCGCCCCCUUCUCUGGGGGUUCGACGCCAAUCGGCGAUCUUCGCCGUGCCCUCUACGCGGCAUCCGUCUCAUCAGGAUUUAAGCCUGCGGCGACAGGCUUCGACUUCCUCUGGGUCGUCGAUUUCCCCCUCUUCUCCCCGUCCUCGGAGUCUGAGCCUGGCCAGGGCGGCGCAGCAGGCCUCUCCUCAACCCACCAUCCUUUCACAGCACCCAAGAGCCCCGCCGAUGUAGAUCUGCUCCUCACAGACCCCACAAAAGUCGUCGCGGACCAUUAUGACCUUGUCGUGAACGGCGUCGAGUUGGGCGGUGGCAGUCGGCGUAUCCACAAUGCCGAAGUGCAGGAAUUCAUCUUCCGUGAUAUCCUGCAAAUGCCAGCUGAACGAUUGACGGACUUCUCACAUCUACUUGCCGCCCUACGCUCAGGCUGUCCACCGCACGCCGGUCUGGCAUUAGGCUUUGACAGACUCGUUGCCGUCAUGCUGGGUAAGGAAUCCGUGCGUGACGUGAUCGCCUUCCCGAAGACCGGCAGGGGCGGCGACGAUGCCAUGGUCGGCUCUCCCAGCCCCAUGACCGAGCAGGCACUGGAGACGUAUCAUCUAAAAUUAAGGAAAUAG